CCUUCGAUUUGAGUCUUGAGGUGUGUGUGGAGGAGAGAGAGAGAGGGAGAGAGAGCGUAAGAAACUGCGCGCGCGCAAGAAACUGCACUCAUUUUGGAUCGGCACAAAGAGCCGCUCUCUCGUUUAAUCAAAUGUUACCGCGUUCCAAAAUGGCCGACCAUGGGGACACAGUUUCCCCAGCAUGUUCCUCUAGCGCUACAUGUUUGGACCAACGUCAGAGCCUCGAUUGAAAAGAAAAAUAUAUUCUCUCUGACUCACUCAAAUGAAUUUAACCCCCGCAUUACCUUUUACCACGGCGAGGUGCGCUGAGCAUCAUCAUCAUCAUCGACAUGCUGCGAAACUAGCGAUCGAGACACUUGUGGACACUGCGGUGAAACCGAAUGGCGGCGAAGGGCGGCAGGUGCAGGGCUGUCCAGGGAGCAUCAGGAGGAAAUGCACGCUUGUUCAACAUGUGAGCAGUUCAUGAGCGAACGUCCUCAGUAGCUGGCGUCAAUAAGGCUUGACAUCUGUCACAAAUUCGGAGGCAUAACCGUUUUGGGGAGUUUAAUUAGUUACCAUGCAACGCAAUCUCCAUAAAUUGUCUUAAACAUGGUAGUGACAGCUGUGCUCCAUCAGCAUGGGUGUUAUUUAAUGAUCUCACGCGCACUGGCUUGACACUGUGGACGAGCACGCGUACGCUGUAUUGCGCGUCUCAGCUGUUUCAGGACCGGAUCGCCUUUUGCGCUGAUUACACAAAGCGACAUUACACUCAACAGACAGUGGACAUCAUGCUGAAAGGAUUGUAUUUCAUGCCGGUUUUGUUUUAGCUGAUAGUGCGGUUAACUGCGACAAAAAUCGAUAACCAUUUGCUCGGUUAAAACUCGGGGUUUUGCGUCGGAACAUCGAGUCUGGAGAUCUAAAUGACUUUAUUGUCGUCGCUUUGGGACGCAUUCUUCAAAUCGCCUUAUUGUCGCGCAGCUGUACGCGUUGGAGGCGCGCGAUUGUCUUCAAGGACUGUCUGGCCAGUAAGUGUGGAACGACUCGUGAGUAGCCCACACGACAAAUGCGUGCAUGAAAAUUAAUGCUAGCUGUAAUUAUUUUAAACUGAGGAGAUAAGAAAUGAUGAAAAGUUCAAGGAAACAUUGUGUGUUAUGAAAUAAUCAAAUAUUGUGUAAAACGGACUUCUCAAUCAGUUGAAAUGCAUCAUGCGUGGGAAAUCCAGGUGAUGUCUUAAGAUGCACAAUGAUAGGCAAUAAUAAUGGCUUGAAUGGAGAGGUCUUGAUGUUGUAAUGAGCGUGCAACGAAGAGAGAAGGGGGGACAGGGUUGUUGUGAGAGGCAUGCGCACACCUCCCAGAAGCCAAUUUAGUAUUGCAGUGGAUUUAUCAGAAAAACUUUGGUCUCUCUCCAUCUCUUUUUCUCUCUACCUUUCCAUCUCCGUCACUUCUGGAAUAGAAUUACUCCUAAUGGAAAUGUCUCCCAAACACUUCAGUCUAGAAUAUGAGUCAUGAAUAGACAGCCAGAAAACAGCUGCAGUGCUUCAAGUCCACAUUUCAAAGAGAGACGGAAGGGGAUGUGCAUCAGAGAAAUGGACGAAAAGGAAAUAGGCUUUCCUUCCUGUUUAAUGGAUAUCUGCUGACUUUGCUUUUUGCGGCGCAUCCUAACCUUGGACUUGAGGUACAGAGGAAUGUUCUGUGACUCUGAUGAAUGUUCUUUUUUUAUUCCCUUAUGAGAGUAAUAUGUGGCUGAAAGACUGAUGAAAUUCUUUUUCGCAAACCAGCUUUGAUUCCAAUUCCAUGAUUCUUUGGUGGCAGUGGAAAAAUGGCACACUUGACAGAAGAAUAGCAAUGCAUGCAUAUAAAAACACAUCCUUACACCAAUCAUAGACAAACAAAGUCUCUUCUAGUUAUCUUUUAUAUGUGAAUGCAACUUCCGAAAUGGCAUUUCCUUGUCCAGUAUUGGUGUUGUGACUUUCAAAGUUGAAUCUAACUUUAAGGGAAUCUUAGAUUAAAACUGCCAGCCAUUUUACCCUGGUUACCAAUCUCUAACCCCACCACAUUCCACCUCUCUCCCCCCCACCCACUCCACGUGGGGGGGAGAGUUUCCUCCUUCUGAGUGCUCCUAAAAACUUGCCCCAGCAGACAGUGACUGUUGCACAGGUAUCUGUCAUCAUGGAUGCUGGGCAGGGCAGCCCGGAAAGCCCUAACAGGGCGGUGGAGUACCUGCUGGAGCUCAACAACAUCAUCGAGAGCCAACAGAAGCUACUGGAAACUCAGCGUCGGCGCAUUGAGGAGCUGGAAGUGCAGCUGGACCGGCUUAGCCAGGAAAACAAAGACCUAAGACUGGACCGACAGCCCUGCCCACCUCCACCUCCACCUCCCAUUCACCCUGCCCCACCACCCACUUCUCACGCUGCAACUUCCACCAACGCCUACACCAAUCAGAUCCACAACAGUGGGCCCAUCCCAAUACCUAUACCGGCUCCGGCGCCCCCACCCCCACCUCCACCUGUGCCACCCCGGGACCGCCGCAUCAUUGCCAACACGCACACUAGGCUCGGCCAAAGCCUGUCAGCUGGAUCCAUUUCCACGGACAGAGAGGGAGAACGAAAACGAGAACGAGACGUUGCCACUACCAGUUUGGGAAGCACUCUGCCAAGACAGCCAGAAGGAGACUCCUUCAACAAAGACAGUGUGGAGGGAGAUCCUCAGUGUCCGGACACAACUAGCUUUUCUGACAGCACUUGCAGUCAGGGCCCAUACCUGGGCAACUCGGAACGCUACGGGAACAUUCGAAACAUUCCCGGCCCUCAGGGGCCUCCUGUGGGCACUGCAAGCCCAGCGAGCCUGGCCUGGGCACAACGGAGCCGCCACCAGCCCGCCAGCCUGGCACUCCGCAAGCAGGAGGAGGAGGAGAGCAAGCGCUGCAAAGCGCUCUCUGACAGCUAUGAGCUCUCCACGGACCUGCAGGACAAGAAGGUGGAGAUGCUGGAGAGGAAGUAUGGUGGAUACUUCCUGAGCAGACGAGCGGCUCGCACCAUACAGACGGCCUUUCGACAGUAUCGCAUGAACAAGAACUUUCAGCGGCUGCGCAGUUCUGCCUCUGAAAGCCGAAUGACUCGCCGGAUCAUCCUGUCAAACAUGCGUUCACAGUACUCCUUUGAUGAGCGACAGCCACAGGUUCAGCCCCAGACGCCCCAGCAGCAGCAAGGUCGAUAUACCAGCCAUCACACUUCAGGCACAGCUGGCCAGACAGGAAGUACAAACACACAGCAGGAGACGGACUCACCCGCACACUGUCCUUCAGACAGAGAGGAGUACUCACAUGCAGAUGAUGCCUUCAACAAACAGGUGACGUCUUUAGCUGACUCAAUGGACGACACUUUGACAUGUCAGUCGGGCCGAGGAGAUUCUCAGGACGGUGGCGAAGGUGCCAGGGAGGAGAGCGUGGAUUUUGGCGAGUGUGUUUGGAGCAACAAACCUACCUCUCGCAGGGGUGUGGUAGGGGAACAGGAGCGCCUGGGCGUCAUGCAUGAGGACAGCACAGCCACCUCAUACAGUGAUGUCACGCUUUAUAUGGAUGACGGCAUGCCGUGCUCUCCACUCUCCAUCGAGCGGGUUCCCUCCAGCACCGACACAGAGUACUGGGGCGUCAGCAGUGGAGUUGGAGGCCGUGAAGACAGCCGGGACACGGAAGGAGGAGGGAGCACUAACAGCCGACGGAGCACGCCGUGCACUGAAUGCAGAGAUUUCCGAUUGCGUGGCUCACAUCUCCCUGUUCUGACUAUAGAGCCGCCCAGUGACAGCUCUGUGGACAUGAGCGACCGAUCAGAUCGAGGGUCCCUUAGCAGACAGCUGCUUUACGAACAGGAGCCAACUGCAGGCGGGUCACCUCAAGGGACCCUCAAACACAACCCUGCACCUCGCAUGCCCAAUCCUUGUGCGGCACAGGGCCAGACACGACCCACAGGACGCCCAAUCCCAUCGCCUCUGCCUACACACUUACCACACCAUGCUAUGAUGCACCACCAUCACCAUCCGCACCUUCACCAUCCACUGCACCACCACCCUCUGCCACACAUGCAUCACCCCUACCCAGAUCCCACUUCCCCCUCACCCACUCAGCCUCCGCUCACGCCCCUUUCCUCCUCGUCCUCCGCGCCGCUGCCUGCUUCUGGCAUGGAGCAAUCAGAUGGGGACAAUGACUCACUGAACUCCACCACCAACUCCAACGAAACCAUCAACUGCAGCUCGGGCUCCUCGUCCAGGGACAGUCUGAGGGAACCAUUGCCCCCUCUAGGAAAACAGACAUAUCAGAGGGAGAGCAGGCACAGCUGGGAUUCGCCUGCUUUUAAUAAUGAUGUGGUGCAGAGAAGGCAUUACCGCAUUGGACUCAACCUCUUCAACAAGAAACCAGAAAAGGGCAUCCAGUAUUUGAUAGAGAGAGGUUUUGUUUCAGACACACCUGUGGGUAUCGCACGCUUCAUCCUAGAGAGGAAAGGCCUAAGCAGACAGAUGAUUGGCGAGUUUCUGGGAAACCGACAGAAACAGUUUAACAAGGAUGUGUUGGACUGUGUGUUGGAUGAAAUGGAUUUCUCUGGCAUGGAUUUGGACGAUGCCUUGAGGAAGUUUCAGGCUCAGAUUAAGGUUCAGGGUGAAGCCCAGAAGGUGGAGAGAUUAGUGGAGGCCUUCAGCCAGAGAUACUGCGUGUGCAACCCUGCGCUUGUCCGUCAGUUUCAGAACCCAGACACAAUCUUCAUCUUGGCAUUUGCCAUCAUCCUCCUCAACACAGACAUGUACAGCCCCAAUGUCAAAGCUGAGAGGAAAAUGAAGCUGGAGGAUUUUAUCAAGAACCUUAGAGGAGUGGAUAAUGGACAGGACAUUCCCAGGGAUUUGUUAGUGGGCAUCUACCAGCGCAUUCAGAAAUGGGAACUCAGGACAAAUGAUGACCAUGUUUCUCAAGUGCAGGCUGUGGAGAGGGUCAUAGUUGGAAAGAAGCCCGUGCUCUCUCUGCCUCACCGCAGGCUUGUGUGCUGCUGUCAGCUGUAUGAAGUCCCAGACCCCAAUCGACCCCAGCGGAGUGGAGUUCACCAGCGGGAGGUCUUCCUCUUUAAUGACCUGCUAGUGGUAACGAAGAUCUUUCAGAAGAAGAAGACGUCUGUUACGUACAGUUUCAGACAGUCUUUUCCCCUGGUGGAGAUGCAGGUUCAUAUGUUCCAGAACUCCUACUAUGCUCAUGGUAUCAGACUGACAUCAGCAAUGCCGGGUGCCGAGCGUAAGGUCCUGAUUGUGUUUAAUGCACCGAGCCAACAGGACCGAACGCGAUUCACCAGCGACCUGCGAGAGAGCAUCGCUGAGGUGCAGGACAUGGAGAAAUACCGUGUAGAGUCUGAGUUAGAGAAGCAGAAAGGUGUGAUGCGUCCAGGGCUCUUGAGUGGGGAAGUGAGCAGCGUCGGUGGAAUGAAAACUGAGGCUGUGAACGGCACUCUUGGAAGGCCCAGCCUGGAUGACACAUAUGCUGCAGGAGAGGGCCUUAAACGGACGGCGCUUAGUUCUUCACUGAGAGACCUCUCUGAUACGGGAAAGCGAGGCCGUAGAAACAGCGUUGGCUCUUUGGAUAGUACCAUUGAAGGAUCCAUCAUUAACAGUCCUCAGCCGCAUCAACGCUUACCCAUGGGGGGUGCCGUUCCCGGCUGCUACGGGCUGGAAGACUACCGGCCUCACCGCCCCAUCCUGAGCCCCGGAGUAGGGGUGGGGGGUGGGCCGGGGCAGCUUCACAAUGCAGUAGGCAAUAUGGUGGGGGGCUCUGGCACCAGCGAUCGAGGUGGGGGGCCGGGGAGCAGUUCUGGAGGGAGCAAUUCCGGUUCAUUCCUGGGCUCCCUGUUUGGGAGCAAGCGCGGCAAACCCCCUGCUCCCCUUAUUCCCCCCGGGCCACACUACCCAGCCCCCGUACGACCUCCUACAACAGGAGGACCUCCGCCUCCUUCUCCCUCCGCCCUCAGCCAGUCAGAUCCCGGUGGGCCAUCCAAGAUUCAAGCGCUCCACGCUCAGUACUGUCACAACAACUUUGGCCAGCCACCACCCCCCUACCACCAUCACCACCGAUACCACAUGCAAGUGGGCGCCCCUGGCCAUCCUCCUGCUAUGCAUCCCCCCAACAUCCAUCCUCCCGCCAUGCAUCCGCCCAAUAUUCAUCCUCCCGCUAUGCAUCCACCCAACAUCCAUCCUCCCGCUAUGCAUCCACCCAAUAUCCAUCCUCCCGCUAUGCAUCCACCCAAUAUCCAUCCUCCCGCUAUGCAUCCACCCAAUAUCCAUCCUCCCGCUAUGCAUCCAACCAAUAUGCAUCCUCCCUCUGUCCAUCCUCCCUCUAUGCACCCUCCCUCAGGCCAUCCUCCCGCUAUGCACCACACGCUACAACGAGGGUCCCUCCCAAGGCGUGGACCGGCCGCUCCCUCGCACCCCCAGCUCCAGCAGCAACUGUCCCACCACGCUAUGCAGCAAGGCCGCUAUGGCAACAUGGCCUGCACCCCUCCGCCUCUGUCCCCGCAUUCACCCCAUUCUCCCGUCGGCCCUUUCAACUUCUACCACGUGCACGGAAAUCCCAUACGCCUCGCACGAGUGCCUGGACCUACAGGCAAGCUUCCUCUUACCCUGUCUCACUCUCAGCCCCACCCUCACGCCCACUCCCACGGUCACUCUCAUACCCACAACCAUCUCGUCCACGUCCACAGUCCCCACCCCGAACUCCAUCACUCCGGCCAAACUCACUUCGUUUUCUCACCGCCCCCUCAGGCACCAUCCGCCAUCACAGCCCGGCACAUACCGCAGGGCGUCUCUCACUACAUACCACAGUAUCCGCCCCUAUCAUCCAUCCCACCUCCCCCACCACACUCCCCAUUACCUCCUCCAUCGUCCCCACAUACCCCUCUCACGCCUCUCACCCCGCUCUCCCCGCUGGCCCCACAGCUCCCUGGACCCAUGGGGGCGCAGUCGGGCGGCCCAGGGGGCGGAGGAGGAAGUGGAGCCAGCAACAGCAGCACGGUCGGCAGCUCCAAAUCCAAGCCUAUCAACCGUAUCAGCACGGUGGUGUGAGGGUUAGCCGCGGCAGAGGGCGCAGGGUCCUAACGCGAAGGAGCCGGAGCACAGGCAGGAGGAAGCACACCAAACUCAGACUCUGUUACUUCCACAUCAGCUUUCCUCAUGUGUAAGAGCAGGAAACCUAGCCGGCUACAUGCUCAUUGCUAGCUUGAGCGACCUCUUGCUGUUCGCCGCCAUUCCAAACAAGGGUUGUGUAACAGCGUCAAAUCUCCGACGGAAGAUCUGAGAAGCCUAAACGGGACAAUGGUGAAGCAGAUGAAGUGUUUUUUGAGAGUUGAAUAUUACGUGCAUCGCUGCCAAAGGAAGAGAUUACAGGGAGAAAGGGGGUGCCAAUUUAAGACUGGAAUUUCAAAGACCAAGUUUGACUAUACACAAGGUGACAAUAGUGAACUCUUUAAACACUCAACAAGGAUACCAGAAAAAAAUGAGUGCAAAAUAUAAAAGAAUUCCAUACGUAGUCUUUUAAGUUUCCAUGCGUCUCAGAUGACAAUCAUUUCAGGGUCUGUCAGAAAAUAUUUGCUUGAUACAUUCCUCAGAAUUGUCAGAGUUAUUCCUCAACAUAUAAGAAGCGCCAGCAUGCUUUUAGAGGGAUGCCAAACACUUUUGUAAUUCUGUUAAAAGACUUUUGUUUCGCCUUGUGAGUGAAGUGAUGAGUGGAAACUUCUACACAGUUAAAACAAAAUCAUCAUUAUUUUAAAACUAUUUGAAGAAUGUUUUUUUUUUUGCUUGUUUUUUGUCUUGAAGAAGCUGGGCAUCAGGUUUGCAAUAAGUCAGCCAUAACAGUAAAAACACUUUUUUAAAGACCUCAGUGAAGUCAUGAUGUCAUUUGCGCCUUUUCGGUUACUAAACAGAAUGUGUAGAAUGAGAAUAUAUUUGCUAAAUAUUUUAUUAAUUUUUUUUUUGCUGUUAUGAAACACUAUUAGGUAAACAAACCUAAAUACAUCAUACACAAAGGAGUCGUGACUGAUAGCAAGCAAUCAGGACUGGAAAAGACUGAAAAUCAGUGCUGUCUCUGUUUAUUUCCUGCCACCUGUUACCUCAGCAUUUCUCUUUCCCUUUUAGCUCUGCCAUUUCACUUUUAUUUAGAGUAAAGCUCAUAAUUCUCUGACCAAUGAAACUUUUUUUCGGCAAUUCAUUGCAUAACCUUAGUGCCUACUGAAAAGGUUUGUCAUUGGAGGUUCUGGAUCAGUAAUUAUGCUUUGUUAACACCUGGAUGUUUUCCUCUUGAUGACCUGUUGAAGGAGCAGGAUGUUCAUAGCGUUGUCGAAAGCUUCAAAUGAAUUCUGUACUUAUGGACUUGGUUUUGUACAGUUUCAGCAGUCAAAUAAAUCUCUAGAAGUAAUCGAAUUUUAAAAGGAACAUCUGGAUAUGGGGGAUUUUAAAGGACGACUUUUAUUACUAUUACGAUGUCAAAUACUAUUGAUAUAAUUCUUGCUAUUUUUGGUGUAAAAGCUACUACUAAUAUGAUACCUGGAUAUGUUUUAGCAGAGUGCCGUGCCGAGUGUUUUCUAAGAGCUUUUUUGUUUUGUUUUGUUUUUUAGAUGAACAGGCUAGCUUUUUUUUCUCACGUAAAAUCAAUGUUUAGCAAACUAAUUGGACUGCUGAUUUCAGGUAAAUGUUUUGCAGCAAGUUUUUGAAACUAUAUUAUCCACAUAAAAGCUGUAUGAUUGGUGUAAAACUUGUCAUUGCCAGAAGCCAUACACACUUGAGCAACUCGCUCCUGUAAUAUUGUGAAUUAACGCCGAGUUGCAUGUCCAGUGUCAGUGCCCUCUUAUUUUUUUAUCGAAACGCGUGUUUAGGGGACCUAUAUUCACACACUCAUUCACACUGGGAAGCUUAACAGCAUCUUUAAAUGUGAAGAUCUUAUUGCUGAAAGUUUCUAAUUUUGCACAUUCACAAGUUAAAGAUCAUCAGUGCCUAGGAUCCAAAGCUCCAAAACCAUCUGCGUCCUUCCAAACAGUCCCUUUCACUUUCCUCACCUCCCCUCUUUGACAACCAAAAUGGGCCGUUCUCUCACCAUUAAGUGCAAUCAUGCACAGUAUUACACAAUAGUGAUGUGUUUGAGUUAUUUUUAUACUAACAAAAUUGUAACAAGUCCUACAAGGGUGAAAAUAAAUAUCUCUGCUGCUAGGCCCAGCUCUUAUCUUGUUCUUUAGUUUUACUUGCCUACACAUGGUCAAACUACAAUGCUGUUUAUUCAGGUAAUGAAUUCCAGUACUUCAAAUAUGCUAGCGUUAUCAAUAACUAGAAAUCGUAAGGCCCUUGUAGACAAACAGGAAGUCCAUUUCCCCCACAAGCUGUGGUGUGAUCUGAAUCGAGAGGGCCGUUCACUAUAUUUCACGAUUUUCGCUUAUAAUGGGCAGUUUUUCUUCGUUUUAACUCUAAUGCUUUGCUCUUGUGCUUGUAUUAAAAGUCCUGAGUGCUGGGGCAUGCUACACAAAUAAAAGCAGAGAUGUAUGAUGUUAAAAAAAAUAAUAAAAUAAAAAUCAAUCCAGUAGUUUUGAGAUGCGUGUUCUGGUUUCUGGACAUGCUGAUGUCUUGCGCCACCGUGCCCCGUGUUGCAUGUCUGCACUUAGCUGAAUGAUGCUGUAUAAACCUGAAUGUAUAUAUUAGCUGAUAUAAAUAUGCCAUAUUUACUCUGCACUGGACUGGGGUAUCAAUAUCUGGCUGGGAAGGGGAACCAUUGUUUACAUUUUACGGACCUGAGGGUGGGGAGGGGGCUUGAAAGAAAUUGUAAUUGUAAAAUUGUAUCAGUAUGUGUGUGUAAGAGAAGUUCCUAUAUUUAAAAUGAUUCAUUGUAUGAAGUUUUAUUUGUAUAUAUGUAUGAGGUUUCAGUGCAGAACUAAUUCAGAGAAAUUAUGUGAUAAUUUAUUGCUCUCAUUCUAUAAAACAUGUUCUUGCUGUUGGAAA